AUGGAAAUCCUUGCCAUUCUCCUCUGCCUCCUAGCCGGCAUAAUGGUCUUCUUGAGAAGCUACACUACUUGGCGAGACCGUGAUCAGGCGACCAUCAUCAUCGCCGACCCCGCCAUCGCACACCGAGCGCUGAUCGUGAACGCCGACGACUUCUCGAACCGGCCGGCGGCGAUCUUCCCCGUCUUCAUCGCAAGCUUGCGCGACGGCGAACGGAACGACAACAUGACCACCGUUAAGUACGGCCCUCGCUGGCGAGCGCUCCGGUGCAACCUCGCCGCCGGGAUCCUCCACCCGUCUCGCCUGGCUUCUGUAGCUCCGCUGCAGCAGGAGGCUGCCAAGACCCUCGUCGACGGCUUAUCUUCCAGAUGUGAGGAGGCGGCCGUUCGCAUCCGCGGGCCCGUCACCAACGCUGCGUUCGCGCUCUCCGCGCGCCUGUGCUUCGGGGAUGCGGUGGACGCCAACCUCCGGCGCGCCAUGGGCCAAGUAACGCGUGACUCCAUGGUCGUCAUCGGGGAGCUCGGCCCCAGGUUCGACGGCUCGAUGAUGUCCAAGCUUGUCAACUGGAGGGGGCUUAACCGGAUCUCCGCCUUGCUCGACCGGCAGGCCGAGCUGUACCGCCCCCAGAUCGCGGAGGCACGGAGGCAGUCACAGUCAUUUCAUCCUCGGCUUUGCGGCGGUGUCGUCCCACCAUAUGUCGACUCCCUCGUUGCUCUCCGCGUUCCCGACGACGACGGCGAUGAUGAUGCCCCUAACGGCGAUGGCCGUCGCCCGCUCCGAGAGACCGAGGUGGUCGGGCUCUUGUUCGAGUUCCUCGGCGCAGGCACAGGGUCGGUGGUGGCCUGUGUCGAGUGGACCCUCGCCCACCUCGUGGACCAACCGGACGUCCAAAGCAAGCUACACCACGAGAUCAUCCACGCCGAGGGCUCCGGGAAGAGCCUCCGCAGCAUGCCAUACAUGAAUGCCGUGGUGCUCGAGAGCCUCCGCAUGCACCCGCCGGUUCCGUUCACCUUGGACAAGAAAACUUGGACGGACCCCGACGAGUACCGGCCGGAGCGGUUCCUUCCCUUGGGCGAGGCGGAGCACGUCGGCCCAACGCCGGGCCAAAAGGAGAUAAGAAUGAUGCCGUUCGGUGCGGGGCAUCGGCACUGCCCUGGCGUCGGCAUGGGAAUGAUGCUCAUUAAGUGUUUUCUUGCCACCCUCGUCCGCGAGUUUGAGUGGGCGCCGUCGGCUCAAGGCCGUUCCGGCGGCAUUGACAUGACAGAGCUAGACGGGUUCCUGAAAAUGAUGAAGACGCCACUUUCAGCGAGUGUCACCCGACGCCGUUAA